UUUAGAUUUAGAGAACUCGCGGACGAGAUACGAAAGAUACGAGGUCGACGCUGUUCGAAAGUCAUACUCGACUUCUUUAGAUGUCAGCUAGAUGAAAAAAAGUGAACGACUUGUUGGAAAAGUGCAAGUGAUCGCUUAGUGAAUGUGAAACUAUGUGCGGAAUUGUUAAUCGUCAUAUCAACACGAAGAAAAUAAUCUGUUAAUUGUUCCGGAAUCAGGAGUGCUGCCGUUUCGCCUUCGCUCAAAUUGACAAUUUCAAAAGUAGACAGACACUGUUGAUUAAGCGAGCGCUGUGCUAACAAUUCUAAAAGCAGCCAAGUUUGUUCUUCACUCUUUCGAAACAACAGUCUAGUAGAAAGGAUCAAAUACAAUUAAAGUGAUUCUUAGUGUUUGCUCAGUGAAUUGUUAUGUAUUAAGUUCGAUUUAAGGCAACAAAAUGGAGACAGAAGAACUUAUUAAACUGGUAGAUGGCAUUUAUAAGAAUAUUCUGGAUAAAUUUAAUCCAGGAGCCCGGCAAAUGAUAAAUGCUGGAAAAGCUUACUUAAAAGCUUUACACGGAGCCGCCGCUGCUUCCCGGAUGUACGUAGACGCAAUCAGUAAACUGGCUCGACAAGCUCAACAGGGGACUUGGGGUGGUUCAUCUGACAUCGGUGUAGCACUUUUCAAGAUUGUUGAAGUUUAUAAAGAAAUUCAGGACCGACAAAUGAACAUUCUGAAAGCGUUCUAUGUAGAUUUAUUGGUGCCGUUGGAAACUAACUUGGAAAAGGAUACGAAAGUGGUGCAAUGCGAACAAAAGAGAUUCCUUCAGCAACACAAACAGCGCUCCGAGACGUACAGCAAAGCCGUGGCAUUGAUGAAAAAACAAAGAAAGAAAUCCAGAGGGUCCAGUAAAACAGGCCUCGCGAUGGAUAAGGAACUUAAGAAUAUGCAAGUUCUUGAAGAAGAAAAAACAAAACUGGAUACCUUUUGUCAACAAAGUUUGAAAAAUGCAAUGACUCAAGAAAGACGAAGAUAUGGAUUUGUCCUAGAAAGACAGUGCUCGCUAUCUAAACAUUAUCUCUCAUAUUAUUCACAUGGAGUUGAAGCCUACCAAGAAAAUAUUGAAAAAUGGUCCGACGUUGCAAAAACCAGGGAAUAUCUGCCGGAAUCUGUAGAAAAUAUAUUUACUAACAAAAUCAGACAAAUAUCGAUAUGGCAAAAUGAUGACCUCUACUCAAAUCCUAGAAGUCCCAAUCUCGAAGAUGACAGACUAAGCAUGAGCUCCCAACUAAGAAAGACCAGAAGCAUGGAUGCCUCUUGCUUGGAUAUACGUUCAAUAGAAGAAAUCGGUUCGCCCAAUAGUACUCUUAAUCGGGCUAAGUCGGAAUAUAAUCUCAACUCAUCUGCUCACUCAAAUACUCAAGGAAGCAACACGCCAACUCGUCAACCAAUGAGACCUAUUACCGUCCCUCCACCGCCUACUUGGGACUGUCAAUUGGCUCGCGCACUCUACGCUUAUCUUUCAAGUGGUGAAAACCAGUUGAGCUUCCACGAAGGAGAUUUAAUCGCCCUAAUAGGAGAACGGAACAAGGGUUGGCAAUUUGGAGAAAACCUUCGGACUCAAUGCAGUGGGUGGUUCCCACUGGCAUACACUGAAAUCAUAGAAGAUCCUCCAACCUCACCGAGCCAUCGAAGUAACGCUAGCGGAUCCCACUCAAAUAAUCCAACAACGCCCACUGCUGGGGGCAACUAUCUCUCUCCUGAAGCUGGAACGCCUUCUGGUAACACUACAUUAGACAACCCCAGCACUCGUAUGUUUGGAGAUACUUUACACUUACAUAGAUCUUCCAAUACUGCUAAACAGAUUCGGCGAGCUAUCGGUUCUAACAUUGUACCACCGCCAAGUCUGCCUGCUCCCGUCCCCACACCAACGCUGCCAGAAUCAAAAUUAAAUGCCGCCCAAUCACAAACCCCCAACUCCGCUAUGAAAUCAUCGACGUCAUCGUUUAGCUUUACAACACCAACUGCAAGUGCAUACUCUACGCAUCCAGCACCUGCUAGAUCGGAUAAACCCUCAGCUGGGAUCCCAUUACCGUUCCAUUUGCAAUCCAAAGGUGGAAAAAUCGGUGGUCCCAUAGGCAACGCUUCCCUUCACAGUAGUAAUGAUUCUGGUUUUUCCAAUGAUCCUCCACCACAACCGGAAAUUGAUUACUCAGACGACGAUUCCAAUCAUGGACAAACAAAAUUGUCAAGCAGAAGAAGAAUCCUGAAAAAUCUUGACGAAGAAGAUAAGAAAAUGACUCAAAAGCUCGCCAACACCAAAAUAUCGGAGGCUACUCCACAAACGCCCAAAAAACGGGUACCAGUUCAACAUUCCAGAAGUCACGGCAACCUAACAGAUAACAAUUAUUUGAUGUCCGAGUCCGAAGAUAUUUCUAAAAAGAAGAACAAGAUAGUCAAAAGAACAAAGUCGUUCUGGAAAUUCGGUAAAAGUGGCUCUGACAACGAGAUUCUAGAAGGGAUGUCUCUGUGGAAGCACAAGGAUCUGGUAGAUCUAGAAUCCAAUGUAUCUGAUACAGAGGAGGUUAAACCCAAAAAAGAUAUACCCAAAAAGACGAGUUAUGCAAAAUCAGAAGAUUCUGACACCACUAUUAAUAAUAAUAGGGUUGAACCAGCUCAAAAUAAAACGCCCAAUAAAAAGGAAGUCACAAACAAAGAUGUAAAGCGGAACAGAAGUUUUAACAAAAAAGAUCAGUUUACAUCUAAAGAAUCAAUUAACGAAACUGUGGAAAAACGCUAUAAAAAACAGCAAAUCAAAUCACCGAACUACGAGGACCAGUUUUACGAUGAUGAUGGUGAUGGUUUGAUGCUAAAAACCCUAAACCGAAAAAAUAUUCUACAACAAUACAACAAUAGUUCGUCUGGCACAGAUUCUGAAUCAGAAUCUGACAUGACCAGUGACGAUCCAUACGAUUGUAUCCUUGUAGAUGACCAAAACGUAAAGAAGACAGAAAAUCACUUCCCCAACGUUGCUGAGUUAGGUAAGAAGCUAGAAAAGCUCUCCAAAGGCAGCAAAUUUACUCCAGAGAAAGACAAGAAUAUGGCACAAGAAAAGCAUAUUGAGAUUAUGAGGUUAGAGAGGAAAAGUCCUAUGAGGCAUGAAGAUAUUAUGCAACUUAGAGAAAACAGUUUUAAAACGUUUGGUCUGGAGAUACAAAAUAAAGAAAAUGGAGAAAAGGAACCUUUAGACGAUGAAAACUAUUACCAGCAAGAGCAUGGUAGAUCAGAAAAACGAAAAUACCAGAAUGAACCUAGAAGAAGUCGUCCAAGCUAUGAAUCCAUACAAUCUGAAGUAAAAUCCCGAAACAAUAACAACAAAAGGAAGAGUGAAAAACAUAGAGAAGCGGAAAGGCACGAAAGGCAUAAGAAUCAGUACUAUGAUUCCACUAAUGAUGAGUUUUCUGAUGCCAUGGAAAGUCGUCAGAUCUUGCCAAGAUCAAAACUAACUAAGACGAAUAGCAAUAGUUCAUCGCACAGUAAAUACGAAAAAGAAAGCAACUUGAUGGAUUAUGGUGAGACGCUUCAAAGAAGGCUUAAGAAUCCUGAGUACAAUUCCCGAUUCGAUGAACGAUCACCUCACAAUGGUAACAUGUAUGGUCCGUGGUAUGAUUUGUGGGGACUGGAUUCAACAGGAACAGCGAGAAAGAAAUGAAUGUUUUGUGAAAUACUUGCAUGAUAUUUAAUUGUAUAAUAAUUAUUAUUGUAGGCUUUAAUUUGCUGAUUGUAUAGUAACAUUAUUUUGCUCAAUUUAUUAUUAAGGUUUUAUACUUUUGACAUAGAUAGCGAAGAAUGAUCAUUUAUGGUGAAUAAAAAGCAUGAUGUAAGUAAAAAAGGAACAGUUCUUUAAGCUGACGUUUUGGAUUACUGGUCUGGAAUGGUUUUCAGUAAUGUAAUGGCUAUGCAGAAUUACCUUUUUUAAUAUAUACAAAUAUAUCGAACUCAAUUACAAAAUUAAGAACUCAAUUACAAAUUAUAAACUGUUGAAUUCCUGCUUCCCUAAUCAUCCCAGGGAACCAAGCGUUUAAAAAUCGAAAAAUUACUGGGCGCUAUUUUUUAAUUGGAAUAUCUGGUGGAAAUCAAUAGAAAAUGCGUGCCAUCUCGUGGGCAUAGAAAUUUUUACUGCGUCAUGAUUUUUCAUUAACAUUUAAGCAAAAAAAGCUCCCCCAUUAUAGAUGAAAAGGCAGAUGAUUUUCUUAAGAAUACUUGUUAUUUUUAAAAGAUAUUUUCAAAAUUAAAAAAUGUUUAUAAACAAUAAAGUAAUUUUCAAUUAAACUCGAAAGUAAGCAUUUUUCUCAGUUGUUUAUAAUUAUUAAAAAAUAACUCUACCAUAAAAAUAUUUAAAACACAUUUCACAAUAUAAUUUUUUAUGUUGUUACUACAUAUGUGUAAAAUAAUGUUCCCGAUCGACCAAUUAGUUUUUAAACAGUUAUUAUUUUUGCUUAUCCCAUUUUUGCUUUAAGAAAAAAAGUAAUUUUAAAAUGGCUGCACAGGUGGUACAAAGUACCAUUUUUCCGCAUGUCUGAGCCGUUUUAACCUUUACAAAAAAAAAACAAAAUACACCAUCUGAAAGCUCAUGAAAAAACAUAUCUUAAAGAUUGAAGUUUGUACUACCCCUAGAACCCAGAAUGACAGAUGGGCGAUAGACAAAGAGAUUAUUGGACUGGAGACCAAAAGAAGACAAUAGAAGCGUCGGUCGACCGCCUAUAAGAUGGACUGACGAUUUAAGAAAGAUAAAUAAAACUGGAUGAGAUCGGCGCAGGAUAGACAGGGUUGAAAACAAGAGGAGGAGGCAUAUGUUCAGUAGUAAACUUUGAGGCUAGAUAAUGAUAGAACCGGAGAUAACUUUUUUCUAAGUUUACAGCGCAGUUAUUUAUAAAUAUUAAGAUAUGAUAUUUGGACAGUUUGUCAAUAAGUUUCAGUUUUGUCGAACUUGUCAAAGUAAGUAAACCAAAAGAAAGCUCGUCAAGGAUGAAUGGUAGUGGGAAUUUCUUUCAAGCUUAUAAAAACUGUAAUCGGAACUUCAAAACGAAGCGCGAUUGAAAAAUUGCAAUAUAUCGGGUUCUACGUAACGUAGAGUCUUAUGUUUUUAUUAUUUCUUAAUCAUAUGCUAUUCUAAUUAAGUUCUAACAUAUUUUCAUCUCUAUAAAACCACCAACAACUUCUAAAAAGUGUUUUAUAAUUGUUUGUUUUGUUUUCAUCCACAACUCGUAUUGUUUUCACAAUAUUGAAAUCAAUCAAAAAGUAGAAUUAGGAAAAUAAUAUGAAACGGUUUAUUAAAUAUUAUUAAUUUGUGGCAGUAUUCCAAAUUCAGUUUAAAAACAGUUCCAUACGAGUAUGUUAAUAUAUUUCCACUAAUAUUUUACAGGUCUAGCAAUUUUGCAACCAUUAAACUUCGUAAAACUAACCCCAGCACUGAGAGGGCAGCUUCUCUUAUAUUAGAAUAAAUAAAUGCAUAAAGUGUUAUAAGGUUUAUAAACAUCAGUAGAACUAAACUUAAUUUACUAUCCUAGUUUUCCUACAUUAUACCACAUCGAUUAAACAAAGUUAUUUUCAUUUUAACUUUAUUUUAAUAAGCUAAAUAACAAAAAUGCUUAAACCGAAACCAGAAAUAAGAACUAGCACCUUAAUAAAACAUUCUCGUUUUUCUUAAUAUGCGCUCAAUUUUUCAAUUCAGCUUUCAACUCUUCUGAAAUAAAACAACAGUUCCUGCCUACCAUCUACAGAUAUCAGAAUUUCGAACUCAUUUUUAGUGAUACCUCUAAAAACAGCAAUGGUGUAGCUUCUGCAGCUAUUUUCGAAGACAGUACCUCUGUCACCCGCCUAGCCAAGGAGUAUAGAAGAUAUUCUGGAGAACUGUAAGCAAUCUCCAAUGCACUAAACUACUAAACCAAUGCAUACCAGUCAUUCCUAUCGGUACCAUUCUAUGUUAGAAUAAUGGGUAAUGAAGCAGCUGAUAAAGCAGCAGAAACUGUUAAUAAUCCAACAAGGAAGGUCAUGUCAAUGCGAAACAUUUUUAUCACAUUUUCAGUCCAAAAGAAAAUUAAUAAAAACAUACAUUAAAAAAAUCUGAAGAGAAAAAUGGAACCAAAAUGAAGUAUAAAUAAAAUUUAUCGAAGUAGAUAGUACUUCUGCUUUACCACCGCACCCAGCUCAAGACAUAGCCAAGUAGUCCUCAACAGACUGCGGCUAUGUAAUACAAAAUUUACACAUAGUCAAAUCCAAUUUGAGUGCGAUAUAUAAUAACAUUGAUUAUAGACACGGUGUAUAUAUCCGUGUCUAUAAUCAAUGAUAAUAAUUAUAUGCUGCCCAAUAUACCCAACAGCAAGAUCCAAUGAAAGAAGCUCUAAAAGACAUUAGUAGAACUUUUUUUUAUUUUAAACUAUAACAAACUGUAAGGAUUCAUAAAAUGUUUGUAUUUUCCGAAACUGUUAUGUGUAAUAACUUUAUCUAAAUUAAAAAUGAACCACCUCGCUAAUAACCCUAGGGGUCGGUAAUUCAUGAUGGACUACCAAGGUCCACACCGGAUCCACAAGGCGGAUGCAGCAUCAUUACGAGGGAGAGCCGAUUGGCUAGAUUUCUAUAAAAAUAAAUGAAUGUUUUUAUAAUGUUUAUAUAUUGUUAUGAUCUGCUUUCUAUUACUUUUAUAUUAAUUAUUAUUUACUUGAUCAAUUAUUUAAUUAACGCAAAUCAUACAUAAAAAUUAAGAAAGAAUCUCGGGGUGCCUUUUUAUAAUAUAAAAAAAAUGUCUAAAUUAUCUUAUGUUAUACUUAUCUUCUCUCGUGGUUUCAGUAUCUCUUAGUUGAUCCUUAUGGGGAUAAAAUAGGAAAAGGAAAUAAAUAGAAAAAUCAUAAAUAAAAACAUACAAUUACCUUUAUUAUCAAAAGCAAUGUUCUGUAAAUUUAUCAAUUAAAUUCUGUGGGCAUAACUGUCCAAAAGAAACUUUUACCAUAUAAAUUAAUCUAAUUCAAACAAAUAUUUAUCGCUUUGUUCUUGAUACUAUUAAUAAACCCAGCUAAACAAACAAAUUUGGUAUUCGCAAAUUUACUUAUACUUCCUAUUAAAUUUUUGAAAUGUUGGAAUCUUAAAUUCAUAUGCUUUUACGUAAAAAAAUUAACUUCUGAUUAUAAAAAAAUUUAUCACAUAGGUUAUUGACUGACCUUUUUGAUUCACACACAAUGAUGUCUCCUCUUGACCCAAACAGCUCCUCCUUGUUGAUUAUGUUAGGCUACCAAUCAAAGCCCUCUCCGUUCUCAGCAAACAAUCCAGCAGGAUACCAGCAACUAUUUCUCCAAAACACAAGCCAGGCUUCCUUUGACCAGGACUCGUUCAAUAAACUCCAAAUCUCUUUCCUCUCUUUCUCUAAACAAUAAUCUCCUGAGACCCAAGUAUCUUUUUUACUUGGUGUCACAAAUAAUUUUAAUAACGAUAAUUCUUGUAACUUACUCUCUUGGACUUUACAGAAUCAAAGAGGUAUUUCUUCUCGAUUUGAUUUGUCUCUCGUUCCAUUUUUCAGCUACUCUCACUUAUCAAACACAACCACUAGUACUUGCUUCUGAACUACUCACGAAAACUUUUGACUGCUCCUCUCGGCUGCCGGUAACACAAUGAUCUUUUCUUUUCUAAACUGUCUUAACAUUCAAACAAAACUUUCCCCAUUCCAAAUUGCCAAGCCAAUCGGAAACAUUUCCCUCUCCCCCAUUCUUUCUUUUUCAUUCGAAACACCCCCUCAUACUUUCAAAAAAUAUUCCUACCAUCAUAAUAAAUUACUUUCGGGAAAUUCUACAAAAUUUACUCGGGGUUAAACAUAAAGAGAUUAAAAUUCCAAACUUUCUUUACCUUAAUUUUCUAAGAACUAAUUACCUAUGGCUUCUACCUUUCCCGUAAUAAACAAUAGGUUUAAAAUAAUAAUCCCAAAUAACUUCCACUUCACUUUUAUUUACAAAUGUUUUUAAUAUUCUUCAGGGAAAAAUUUAUUAAGGAGAAACCACCUGGCGUGAAAGCUAACUUCUAAUAAAUAUUUACAAAUCAAUAUACAGGGUGUAUCAAAUUUAUGUGCCCGCGUUAUAUUAAAAAAAUUAAAUUUUUAUUCUAUCUUUGAUUGCCAAAUUGAUACACAAUAAUAUAAAUAUUAAAAAAAUUAAAUCACUUGGUUUGAGAGGCGGGCCGAUCGCCCCCAUGUAUCCCCCCUGUAUCCGCCAUUGAAGGUCCAUGUUAAAUACGUAUCAUUUUCCUUAAAAAAUAGAUACAAAGUCUAAUAGAUAAGAAAAAGAACUUUUGUGGCGCUCAACUGGUUAGUACACAUUUACAAAGCUCAGCUCUACUGAUCUUUACAAACUUCACCUGGGUACAUGUAUCCCAAUAUUCAAGUUAAUGUUUUGAUUGAACUAAAGAAUGUACAAGGUGUUUUUAAAUAAUUGACAAACAUAUAAUAUGGAAGUUGUUGCUAAUAGAACUUAAAGUGUAUGAGAAUAAUCUAAGGUAAUCUUAAUAUGAACAUUAUUGCUUAUGCGUUUGGUGCAGAACAUAUUCCACAAAUAGUCCAGUUGCCAGAGGUUUGGUUUCUAAAAACGAGAUAAACAAGCUGAAUUUUGCUGAAACUGUCAAUUUUGGGCCUUCAAAGAAGAUACAAAAAAGUUUGCCACUCCUACCCCCGCGCUUCCUCCUAAACGCACCUCGUAGAGGAUGGAAUACGGAAAACAUCGAUUUGCCAAAAAUCUGUACGUCGUAGAAAAAAAUAUUUUAAAUAAAAAAUGUAGCUGAGAUCAUUAUAAACAAAAAUGUGUAUUAGCACUUUCUUGUAAAAUAGACCGUUCUCCCAGAAACAACACUUGAAUUGACCGGCGAUUUUCAAUGUCGGUUUGUCAAAAUUUCUAUCAACUUGAUAUAUUUUGAUCAGAUACUAAUGAUACUACAAUCGCUUCCUUUUCUGAUAACUAGCUGUAAAUUAAGAUCCUUUACAAGCCUCACAAGAUCUGCGAACAUCAUCUCGAUCUACUCAGUGAUUGGUACAAAACAGUAAACAAAAAAAAAUCAACUCAAAUAACAUUUACCAACCGCCACAACACAUACCCUCCUUUAAUAAUGGAGAAUGUAAGAAUACUAACAGUAGCAGACGCUAGAUACCUUGGUCUCCAUCUUGACCAGCGUCUCUGCUUGGAAGAAAUAUAUCCAGACUAAAAGAACUCAGCUAGACUUAGGACACAGAUCAAAACUCAACAUCCAUACAAAAUUCUUCUAUACAAAGCGUUACUCAGACCUAUCUGAUACGACAGACCCUAUGAGGCUGUGCAAGACCAAUGUCGCUUAAUAUCAUCCAAAGAUUUCAGUCUAAAGUACUAAGAUCGAUAGUGGAUGCACCAUGGUACGUAAGUCAUCAAAUACUUCACUACGACUUAUUUCUUUCUUCAGAGAAGAGCUCCGUCGAACCACCAGGAAAAUGAGUUAGUAAGGGAAUUAAUUAUUCAACAAUGGCCCUACCAAAAGGAGACUAGAGAGAAACUGGCCGCAAGGCCUACUUUACAUUUACUUCUUCUUCUUCAAGUGCCAUCUCCGCGACGGAGGUCGGCAAUCCUCAUAGCUAUUCGGACUUUGGAGACGGCUGCUCUGAAAAGUCUAUUUGAUGUACAUCCCUACCAUUCUCUCAGGUUCGACAGCCACGAUAUUCUGCGUCUCCCUAUGCUUCUUUUUCCUUGAAUCUUUCCCUGCAUAAUGAGUUGGAUCAAGUUGUAUCUCUCUCCACGUGUAAUAUGUCUGACGGCUGGACUAAAAUAGUGUCAUUUUCUUUAGAAACACCUUGUAUUAUUUGUUAUUAUCCGUACCAUUUAAAUAAAGUAGAUGUAUUAAUACAAGUUUAGCUUUUGACUUAAUCUGUUAUCAACUUAAUUGUUAGGUAUAUGAAUAAGAUUUUGUAUGUGUUAAUUAUUAACUGUUGUUAUUGCUGAUGUAUAUGUUCGAAAUAUAUUUUGUAAUAUAGGUAACCUAAUGACACGGCGACUUUUUCAACACUAUUCUUCUGGAUGCCUAGAUUUAUAAUUUUUCAAUAUUAUUAUUUUGUACAUAAUUCUUAUGGUGGUUGGGAGUAGUGCAAUAUAUCUCAAUAUAAAUGUAUAUAACCGUAACCAAACUAUUAUAUUUUGGAACAAUUCAAAUACAUAUAUCCAUAUUCCGAUUUUUUAAACUUACAAGCCUGUCCGGGAGGGACUUACAAAAUGAGUAAUACCGAACCGCCAAAUAACGACAAUUGCCCUAUAAACAAUGUGUUUUGGGAAAGACCAGAUGAGUGAAAGUCUGUAGAUCGAUCUAGUAAAAGGUGUAAAGAUGCAGUCAGAGAACAUCUAGAGAAAUUGGGAAUGAGACAAUGGAAAAUAGUGGCACAUGAGUGACUAACAUGGAAGGCAAUGGUAAACGCGGCAAAGACUCACGAAGAGUUAUAACGCCGUUGAUGAUGCUGAAUGCCAAGUCCACAUUUCUUGUCAUACUACUCAUCCAUAGGUUCGUCUGAUUGACCAGCAUAUUUUGUCCAAGUAGCAGAUCCCUUUCUUGUCCUCUGGGGCAAGAAAGGAUUCAUGUAAUCUUAUGCUGGAUAAAAAUGAAGCAGCAUACCCAGAACAAUUCGAUCUCGAUAAAACUUUGUCACUUACUGUUUGGUCGGAUGCAUCCACGUCAUUUAUAAGCGCCUACUGACAUUUAGCGAGUAGCGUUCAGAGAAGAGGUAUUUUUGGUCCCCUGAUUUAAUGAUACUAUGAAGCAAAGAUGAGCAAUAAUAAACCAUAAAAGAAGUCCAGUAGAUUGUUCAUACAUUCAGAUCAUGAAAGAUAUAUACAAAGACACCAUUGUAACAGUAGCUGGAAACACCCAACGGAUUGAUAUAAAAGAGACAAACCCGUCAUUUUGUUUGUUUUUAAGUCUUUAUCCGUUUAUAACGAGGAAAAACCACUUAUAAUAAUUACGUUGUGUUUUCAUUUUUCGUUGAAAUUUUGAACUGCGUUAAAAUAUUCAAACAUUUGUCUUUGUUUCCUUGACUGCAUUGUCAUAUUAAAAUGCAGAAUUAGGCGGAAGAACAAAAACAAGAAAAAAUAACAGUCACGAUUAAAAUAAGGAAAACGAAAAGGAUUGGAAAUACACUAAGAAAAGACCAAAAGAAUAUAACCAUACAGGCACUCGAAUACCAACCAGAUGGAAGAAGAGGAAGAGGUAGACCGGAUAAUAGCUGGAGAACAACUGUAUCAAGAGAUCAUGAAAAAAUUGGCCUAAGAUGGAGAGAGGUCAAACAAAGAUCGAGAAAGAGAGAGUAAUGGAAAAUAUUGAUAUAGGACAUUUUGAGGGAAUAAAACAGAAGCGGAUGUGCUGAUCCAGCCAAUGAGCCAUCUUUAAUUUUAGGCUAAGAAAUGCAAGGGUAUUCAAUACUGUAUAUGGAGGAAAGGCAAUAGCGAGAUAGAGAUUGUCAUAUUAAAUCAUAAUGAUUACAAAAAUAAAAAAACAAAUAUUUACAUAACCACAAGGUACGUACAUAGCCGACUUUGCCUGAUCAUUUUUAAAAAUCGUUUAAUUCACGUAGUUGUUAUUUUCCAGUGAGUAUUUUUUUUAAUUGUUACAAUUAGACAGUCGCCCUUGCGAAAAGUGGUCCAAUUUUUUUUAACAAUUUUUUUAAUCAAAUUGCAAAAAUCAAUAUUUUUGGCCCGGACUAAUUUUUUUAGUUUUUUUAGAUUUUUUGGACUAUCCUGGAUAAAAAAGGUCUCUUAUAAUUUUUCUCCAAAGGUGAUAAUGUUCGAGGUAAACGCAUUUUAAAAUUGAAAAAAAUGAAAAAUGGCGAUUUUCAAGGCUUAAUAACUCAGUUAAAAGUUAUUACUAUGAAAGUCAGAAAGUGACUAAAUCAAAGUUUAAAGCCCCCCCUAUAAGAUCCUGAAGAAAUUUUUGUCAUUAUUUGAUUACUAAGCUGUUAUUUUUAAGUAAAAAUGAUGAGCGCCAUGCACGUAUUAGGCGGCCGUCCAUGAUGAGUGCGAAAAAGAUGCCAUUCAGGCAGUCCAAUAGCGCAUCUCACUCGUACUCACAUUUACAAUACGAUCAAUACGAUCUUACCGCUCAUUAUUAAUAAAUAAAAAUAACGGCUUAGUAAUAAAUUAAUGACACAAAUUUCUUCAGGAUCAUGAAGGGGGGCUUUAAAUUUGAUUUAGUCACUUUCUGAAUUUCAUAAUAAUAAUCGUUAACCGAGUUAUUAAGUCUUAAAAUGGCCAUUUUCACGUUUUUCAAAUUUUAAAUUGCUUAUAACUCGAACACGAUCAACUUUAGAGAAAAAUUACAAGACACCUUUUCUGUCCAGAAUGGUUCGAAAAAUCUAAAAAAAAAAAUUCCGGGCCGAAAAUAUUGAUUUUUGCAAUUUGAUUUAUAAAAAUUGUUAAAAAAAAAUUGGACCACUUUUCGCGUGGGCGACUUCUUGAAUCUUAUUCCGGGGUAUCUCACGAAUGUGAUUAUGCAAAAAAAAUCUCAUGGAAAUAUUUCUUUCCCCGCCGUUUUCGCCUUGUCUAAAUGUUUACUUACCUAUUUAGUCUCUCGGAUGUAAAAGAAAAUACUGAUAUUUUAAAAAUGUCUUCGGUAUUUUGUUCAUUUGUAAUAAUGGCCUGUAGCUGUAUAUGAAGUUUACAACAUAUAAUAGUUUGAGAUAUAAUACAUUUUUUGUAAAUAUAUUAUGAAUAUCUUUUAAUGUUAUUUUAUGCUUCCUUAAAUAUGUUUUUAUUAAAAAUUAAUAAAGUUUUAUUUUAUUCGU